GGUCUAAACCAUCCCAUGUGACUAAAACAGCAAGAUUCCUGAACAAUACUUUAAACUAUGCUUCUGUAGUAAAGACAUGCAUCUUGUUACAGAACCCAUAUCUUGGUACAGAACCCUCCUGUAUAAUUCAACAUCGUUUCCGAGUACAUAAGAUACUACUCAGACUUGAAAUUCAACAGUUCUCAAAAACACAACAAAUAACAGUUUACAGUUUUUGCCAUUCUCUUCUCUCUUCUCAUUCACCUAAGGAGGACGACAAAAAUGUUUUCAACCCUGACUUUUUUCAUUUUGAGCCUUUUUGCUUUCAUGAGAUAUCUUUAAAAAAGAAGCCCAAUGGAUUUGCAAAGCUAUUUCCAGAUCCACACUUGCAGUUGUAUUGCAAUUUCAUAAGUAACCCUGAGUUCAUGCAUAUUGUUUUGGAAUUGUGAUUUCGUGCACUAUUAUGAAGAACAUUGUUCAGUAAAACCUGUAAAAUGGGGCACCUCUAUAAGUGGG